CAACAUCACGGCCGAGAUUCUCACCAAAAAAUACAGCUAACAUCUCCCUGGAAGUCCUGCGCUCAUCUUGUCAACGACCACGCGCGACCUGAAGUGAAGCCAAGCUACUAAACGGUGAGCAGCGAGCGCUGUCAUUCUCAAAUCAUUCUGGCUCCCUGGAACAUAUCAACCCGGAUGUUAUUACCGCUCAUCCAUUCGAGAAGUUCUACGGUGGUUUGCUAAGUGGCAAUACUGGAUUUGCCAAUCAUGCCUUCUCCAGUCAUCGAAUUUGCGGAUCCUUUCGCCAGCACAUCUACAGAGCCCAGAUUACAACGGACAAUAACAGAUCAGAACAAUGCUCUAUCGCCCAGUACCGUGAUCAGCCGGCGGAACAGUGUUGCAAGCGGCAUACAGAACCCUCAAAGGAGCGAUUCUGAUGACGAGCCAGAGGUCGCAGACAUUGAAGAAGAUCGACAAUCAAGGUCGACCGCAAUACAUACCUCAUCACCAGCGCGGACUCGAGAGAGCAGCAGUUCUCCGGAGCGACCUUUCGACGCCACUCUCGACGACCAGGGCGACAUUCCCGAGCUCUCCGCCCAUAUCACCCAGCAAAUUCACCAAGCGCUAUCCCGCACCGUUGAAUCCACAAGACCGAGACCUGCAAUAAGGAGUCUGAGUGUGACGUUGACCAUAGAGCCAAACGUCGAUGAAGAGAAUAGUGGUGACACGAGCUACCGCUCACUGAUCGCUGAUCGAGUACGAGAGACUGCGGAGAAGGUCGAAAGACGGGAGCGCGAGGAACGAGCGUGGGUACAUUCCGGCUCAAGAUCUGGCUCACCUCAGCGUGCAUCAAGGCCGGAACCAGUUCGACGUACGACGUAUCGUGUCACAGAGAUCACGCAAGGCGACGAGAAUGCCGUACCGCCCAGUGCGGGCCGAGACCCGGCGCCGGCUCCGGAGCAGCAACGGAGGCAGUCAAGUUCUGGUCCUACGGUUCCUGACGAUGUCGACGACUACUCUGAACCUCCAAAGAAUUACCGCAGCGGUAUCCUAGCUGCUCUUUUGAAAUUACACGGACAGCAGAAUGGCAACAGCAGCACCAACAACACUAGCGGUAGCAGCAGCAGACCAUUCGGAAGGCUCCGUGUGACGCAAAACUUCAGCGUAGAUACAAAUUCCGCCGAGCACGGCUGGCACUCACCUCCGCAUUCCCCGACUGCAGCAGAGACGACCACUCCCUUGGGCAACCAUUGGUACUCACAUGGACGGACCCGCAGAUUCUCCGUGGCUUCGGCGAGCAGCACGCUCAUCGGCUCGCGAGAGCCUAGUUCGGCAGGACUAAUCGAUGAUGGAAGAAAGGAUAGGAAAGGAAAGAAGUCCGGCAUCAAUAAGCGCUCGUUGAGCGCCAACGCUGCCCUUGCUGCCUUGAAUCGUCGUCUGAGUACUCGGUUACGAACGGACGAGGAGGUCAGAAUCACAAAACACAUCGCACAGACGAUUCAACGACAGCGAUAUUUGCUACGUUUAUGCAAGGCGCUAAUGCUUUACGGAGCACCGACUCACCGUCUGGAAGAGUACAUGAUGAUGACGGCGGGAGUGCUUGAGAUCGAUGCUCAAUUCCUGUACAUUCCAGGCGCCAUGAUCAUCUCAUUCGACGACACCGACACGCAUACUGCCGAAGUGAAGCUUGUCAAAGUCACCCAAGGAUUAGAUCUGGGCAAAUUGCGAGACGUCCACGAGAUCUACAAGGAAGUGGUUCAUGAUCACGUCGGCGUUGAAGAUGCAACGCUCAGGCUGAAGGAGAUCACAUCGAGGGGAGUCAAGCACAGCAUAUGGUUCCGCAUUCUUUUCUACGGAAUCGCCACCAUGUGCGUCGGUCCCUUUGGAUUCGGCAUGCGUUUGAUUGACCUGCCCAUCGCCUUUAUAUUGGGCUGCAUCCUAGGGAUUCUCCAGCUCAUUGUGGCGCCGCGGUCACCUCUUUACGCCAACGUGUUCGAGGUCGUCGCAGCGAUGAUCACUUCGUUCCUGGCGCGGGCGUUCGGAAGCAUCAAUGGUGGCAACCUCUUCUGCUUCUCCGCCCUCGCGCAGUCGUCAAUAGCACUCAUCCUACCUGGAUACGUGGUCCUGUGCGCAUCGCUGGAGCUACAAUCGCGAUCGAUCGUCGCGGGAAGUGUGCGAAUGGUAUACGCCAUAAUCUAUUCCUUAUUCCUCGGCUUCGGCAUCACGAUGGGAACGGCCUUCUACGGCAUCAUCGACGAAAACGCCACGUCGGCCACCAAAUGUCACCACCCGUUACCCAACUACUGGUUCUUCUUCUUCGUCCCUUGCUUUGCCUUUUGUUCUUCAAUCAUCAACCAGGCAAAAUGGCGGCAGAUUCCUGUCAUGGUCUUUCUCGCCUUUGCCGGCUACCUCACAUCUUUCUUCUCUUCGAAACGGUUCGCGGGCAGUCCGCAGAUCAGCAGCACCCUCGGCGCCUUUGUCAUAGGCGUCCUGGCGAACGUCUACUCGAGGAUGGGGCAUCGGGUCGAGAAUUGGGUCCUGGACGUCUUCGAAGACCGCGUGCUGCCGUGGUGGCAGGGAAUGCGGAAGCUCGUGUUUGAGAGGAGUAGCACCCGCGACACACCCAGCGCGAUGGAACAAGGCGCGGCCGCGACGACGACGACGAACACUCCAGUGACCCGCGUGCGGAAGAUUGGCUACAGUCUUGCGGCCGCUGCCAUGUUGCCGGCAAUCUUUGUGCAGGUGCCGGGAGGUCUGUCGGUGAACGGCUCCCUGGUCUCGGGAAUCGCAUCGGCCAACCAGAUCACGGGUCACGGCUACAUCAGUCCGAAUGUGAUCAACGGCACAUCCUUCGGAUCACCACAAGGCGGGUUGAAUGCCGUCAUCUUCAACGUCGCAGCCUCGGUCAUUCAAAUUGCCAUCGGCAUCACCGUCGGCCUGUUCCUGAGCGCAGUCGUCGUCUAUCCGUUCGGCAAGAAACGAUCCGGACUAUUCGCCUUUUGAGACAAAAGAAAGCGUCUCAACGAUCUUCUAUCCUCGUCC